UUCUCUCUCAGGCUCUGUGGCUGGUGCUGUGGAUGUCAAAAGCGGUCUUACAUCACACAAAAUCGAUAGAGGAAGCAGCGACAAGGACGCCUGGCUCUCCUUUGUUUUGCAGGAUCAGUUCAGAGGAUGAAUGUGGGCGGAUGCGGCUCUGUACCAGACUGCUGUCAUUCGAAUGCUGCUGUGUGGGUUUGAUGCGUGACCAUCCACAUUGCUGUCUUUCUCUAGAAUGUGAACUGUGCAAACCUCUAUCUUUCGGUACGCCUGCAGCUCUCUGAUGAAGAAAGCGGCACUUUUCCCUGUAAUAGCAUCAUCAUCGCCUGCUCUAGAAACGGCACGAUUUCUGUACCUGCCUGGCCUCAUAAUUAAAUAACUUGAUGUAAGUGAAGAAAUUCUGAUAAGCACCGAAUUAAAAAUACCUAGCGAAGAAUUGGAUAUUUCGACCAAUCAUAACAAACCAAUUAGGAUCUGCUUAUGGGCCAAAGCCACGCCCACUGCAUACAUUCUUGCAUACAUUCUGUACGCUGUUUACCAUUCUAUUUGCUUUUAUUUCUCCAUGUUUUGAAUUAAACGUCAUCGACGCCCUCUCGCGUCACGGAGUGGAAUGAUAAUCUAGUCAAGCUCAAGUACAGAGAAUAUUAAUAUCCAAACUGACCUAAACACAUCUUUGUCUUCCUAAAAUGCUGUUUAACACCUUUUAUAAAUAGCACCUAUAUCAAAAUGCUCCCCUCAAACAUUUAAAUAAUUAACAAACUGAACUAGCAUAUAAAUAUUUCAGAGCUAGUCAUUAGAUAUCUAAGCAAGGCACCCGGGUCGCAUCAAACAUCUAGCAGAGAGGCUGUUUUAUUUGUUGUUAUGACAGAAAUAUAGUCAAACAAUAACUGAAAAUGACACUUGCACACAUUUUUCAGACAAUUUGGGACUUUGGAACAAAAGACUCUGUUUUGCAGCCUGUUUGGGACUACGUGCGACUCAACCACUCAGAAACUCUCCGUUCUCCUCUCUUUCCAGUGGUUCUUACCGUAUCGUCUUAUUUUGUUCUUGUCCUGCCCUACCUAGCCUGUGAUAUCUUGGGAAGGAAGUGGCCAGCCAUUUACCGCUACAAAAUCCAACCUGACAAGCUGCCAACAACUGCAAUGCUCCUUCACUGCAGUGGAGUGACUCUUUAUAACCACAUCCUUCUGGUGUUUCCAGCAGCAGUCGCACAAUGGAUGUGGAGACCUCCGAUUCCCCUUCCCGAACAAGCACCUACUUUACUUGAACUGAUUGGUGGAGUGACCGGAAACCUCCUUCUUUUUGACUUACAAUAUUUCAUCUGGCACUUCUUGCACCAUAAGAUUCGCUGGCUGUAUGUGACUUUCCAUGCCAUCCAUCAUAAUUAUUCUGCCCCCUUUGCUCUGGCCACACAGUGCCUUGGAGGAUGGGAGUUGGUGACAGUGGGCUUUUGGACCACCCUCAAUCCCGUCCUGCUGAGGUGUCAUCUGCUCACCACAUGGAUGUUCAUGGUGGUCCACGUGUAUGUGUCUGUGGAAGACCACUGUGGAUACGAUUUCCCUUGGUCCACGUCUCGUCUGAUCCCAUUUGGUGUUUAUGGAGGUCCGAGCAAGCAUGAUGUGCACCAUCAGAAACCUAAUACUAACUUUGCACCCCAUUUUAGUCACUGGGAUAAAAUGUUUGGCACUCAUGCUGAUUUUAGAUUUUCUAAACCUCAGGAAUGAUGAAUGUAAAAAUGUGUAAAUGGAUUGUAAAAUGGCCAUUUCUUUGCUUCAAGCAUAGUUAGAAAAAACGUCAGUUAUUUGCAGAGGAAGAGUACAAGAAGUAUGAUUUAAGCACAAAAACUACAGCGAUACACUUUAGAGAUUACAGCUCAGGCUAUUUUGCAUAUCAGGUUAUUAUAUAGGCUUUUCUUAAAAAAAAGUGUAUUAUUGUAAGUGACAUUUGAAAGUAAGUGUA